CUGGAGUCACCAUUGACAGCACUAGUUUCCCUUGCAUGUUCACCAGCUCUCGCCACGUGUCAGCUAGUAGGUGCCGCGCAAACGCAGCACGAGCUGGAGCAAGCGAAGCAGUCCCCGAGCCGCUAUUAUGGAGCAACCAGCUUCGCCAAUUUCCGCCUCGGCUUCGCGUUUUCCGCUUUGGAGAAAUUUGCGGACCAGGCUGGUUCGCUCACGAUGGUUUCUCAUAUUCGUUGAUUGGUCUACUAGUAGUCCCGAGCACCUGCGACGAGGUUGCGUGACCUGAGCUACUGCGCUGAACUGAGAAGGCUCUGAAAGCUUUCGGGUAGCUGCGGAGCGCAGCCAGAGUCAGGAGGUACUACCCAGUGUUUGAUUCCGUUUGCGGAUGAAGGGCAUGAUGCAGGAGGUCAAGGAAGGCACGAAGGAGAAGGUGGAGGGAGCCAAGGCCGGGCUCAAGGAAUCCAUGGAGUAUGCUAAGGCCGACAUGAAGCAGACGUUCGAGAAGCUCAAGCACCCCAUGAACAGGGAGAAGAAUCUGGAGUCUCGCGACGAGGCGUUUGAGCGGAAGCUGGAAGCAACGAGGGAGAAGCUGGAGAGGAAGGAGAUUGCUCACGAGCGACGCCAGGAGGCCACUGAAGAGGUGCUCCACAAGGUACAUGCUUCCAAGGCGGAGGAAGAGCAGCCUGGGCAUGGAGUGACACCAGGUUUUGCUGGCGCUACUGCUGCUGGCGCUAGUGCUGCUGGUGCGGGUGCUGGUGCUUACGGUGCAAGCCACGAGCGUGGCACGGGUACUGGUACUGGCUUAGGGGCGCAUGAGCGUGGCACUGGCACUGGUUACGGCGAGACUGGCACUGGCACUGGCUAUGGUGCUAAUCAGGAGCGUGGGACUGGUGGUGGAGGUAUCAUGGGGAAAGUGAAGCAAGCUGUGACGGGAUCAAAGGGUACUGCUGGUGAGCGCCAAGGAGAGACGGGAGCUGGUUACGGUGAGACCGGCACUGGCACUGGCUAUGGUGCUGCUCACGAGCGUGGUACUGGUACGGGUACCGGCUAUGGUACCCACGAGCAUGGUACUGGAGGUGAAGGCGUGAUGGGGAAGGUCAAGCACGCUGUGACGGGAUUGAAGGGAACAGCUGGUGAGUCUGGCUAUGGUGAGACUGGCACUGGCACCGGCUAUGGUGCGAGGCACGAGCUGGGUUCGGGUACUGGUACUGGUGCUGGCUAUGGUCACGUGGGUGGUGCUGGCACGGGCUAUGGUGCUGGUCAGGAGCGGGGGACCGGAGGUGAGGGCGUGAUGGGGAAGGUGAAGCACGCUGUGACGGGAUCAGGAGGAACUGCUGGUGAGUGUCACGGUGAGACUGGCACCGGCCUUGGUGGGACUGGCACAGGCAUGGGCUAUGGUGGUACGUACGAGCAUGGUGCCGGAACUGGUACUGGCAUGGGCUAUGGGCAGGAGGGUGGUGCCGGCACUGGCUAUGGUGCUGGCCAGGAGCGUGGGACUGGUACUGGCUAUGGUACUCAGGAGCAGGGGACUGGGAAGACUGGAGGCGGAGGUAUCCUGGGGACAAUCAAGCAAGCUUUUACAGGAUCAAGCGGAACUGCUGGGCAGCGUCCUGCUGAGACUGGUCGCACUUGGGCUGCCACGGAGGAGUAUGAUCCUACUGCUCCCGUUUUCAUGAGGAAGUAGUUUCGUUUUCAUGAGAAGAAUCUAGGUGGUUUUGUUAUGGCCCUGUACAUUUGUGGCGCUGUACAUUUGUGUAAUUAGUACUCUUUGGAUGGAGCCAUGU